AUGGAGAAGACUGAUUCUACAGCUGCUAGGAUGUCUCCUGAUCCGGAGUUCAGUUUGUGUUACAGAUGCAAAACACUUUUUACUCAUGUGUGUGUGCACAUUUUUGCUCCUCUGACCAAAAAGCUUUCUGGCUCUGUCAGGUACUUCCAGCUAGUGUCAGGUCCAGAAUCAAAAGUUGAAAUUUCAGUGAUCCUCUCAGUUUCUCUAACCUCUCCCCUUUCCCUUCUCUUAGAUCUCCUUCCACCAGGAGUCUGCAAUCUCCUCAACCCGGCCGCUAUCUACGCUAACAACGAGAUCAGCCUGGGAGAUGUCGAGAUAUAUGGCUUUGACUACGAUUACACAUUAGCACAGUAUUCUAAUUUACUACACUCUAUGAUUUUCAACACUGCCAGAGACAUCCUAAUAGAACAAUUCAAGUAUCCAGAAGGGCUUGGGAAGUAUGACUACAUUCCAGGGUUUGCCAUACGUGGACUUCACUAUGAUGUACAAAAGAGUCUUCUGAUGAAGAUUGAUGCUUUCCAUUAUGUCCAGCUGGGCACGGCAUAUAGAGGGCUCAAACCAGUGCCUGAUGAAGAGGUAAUUGAACUCUACGGUGGUACGCAGCACAUCCCCCUGUACCAGAUGAGUGACUUCUAUGGCAAGGGUCCAUCACUUAAGCAGUUUAUGGACAUUUUUUCUCUUCCUGAAAUGACGCUGCUCUCUUCAGUCAUUGAUUACUUCAUAACUCAUGGCAUUGAGUUUGACCAGGUGCAUCUUUACAAGGAUAUAUCUGAUGCUAUUAGAGAUGUACAUGUGAAAGGAGUGAUGUACAAAUGGAUUGAAAAAGAUAUGGAACAGUAUAUUCUGCACGGGGAUGAAAUCUAUGCUGUGCUAAACCGACUGGUGAACCACAAGAAGAAACUCUUCCUUAUUACAAACAGUCCCUUUAGCUUUGUGGACAAAGGAAUGAAACACAUGGUUGGCAAGAACUGGCGGGACUUAUUUGACAUGGUCAUUGUGCAAGCUGACAAGCCCAACUUCUUCACUGAUCGGCGGAAACCUUUUCGAAAACUGGAUGAUAAAGGCUCACUGCAGUGGGACAAAAUAAACCAGCUGGAGAAAGGAAAGAUCUACAAAGAGGGUAAUCUCUUUGAUUUUCUGAGGCUGACAGGCUGGCGUGGGUCCAAAGUGCUCUACUUUGGUGACCAUCUGUACAGCGACCUUGCGGAUCUCAUGCUGCGUCAUGGCUGGAGGACUGGAGCCAUUGUUCCUGAACUGGAGACGGAGAUUCGGAUCAUAAACACAGAGCAGUACAUGCACUCCCUGACCUGGCAGCAGGCUCUGACGGGGCUGCUAGAGAGAAUGCAGAUGUAUCAGGAUGCGGAGUCGAAGCAAGUGUUGCUGGAGUGGAUGAAGGAACGUCAGGAGAUCAGGUCGCUGACGAAGAACCUGUUCAACCCCCAGUUUGGAAGCAUCUUCCGCACCUUCCACAACCCCACAUACUUCUCUCGACGGCUGGUGCGGUUCUCUGAUAUCUACAUGGCA